CUGGUGUUAGAUGCUCCACGAGGUCAGCCUCUCGUCGACAGAGUCUACUCUGUGCCCAGAUGCACACAGCGAGCCGAUUCAUCCAUUUCCAGAGCUUUAUAAUGGAGUUUUACCGGGCCUAUAAGGUGUUACCGAUGCUUGCGGAGAACUGUCUGCUGAGAUUUAGGCCUGCUGGAGUGAAGAUCGAAGCAUCCAGCUUCUGUCGUAAGAAACGAAGGUGCAAUAUGUUUUGACAGCUCUCAGUGGCUGGAAUAGCUCUGCAGGAGAUUGGUAGCUGGCUGGCUGGCUACAUCGGUUCUGGUCUGUCCAUCGAUCGAUCCGCGAGGUCUACGGCUGCUCGGGGGAGAGACUAGCAGCAGCAGGUUGAGGUCGAUCAUCGACCAUGGAGUGGGCCAAAGAGAAGACAGCGGCGGCGGCAGAGACUGUCAAAGAUGCCACAUCGAGUGUGGUGGAGAGUGCGCCGGUGCAGACGGCAACGUCGGCAGCUGAGCGCGCUUACGAUACAGCCGCAGAUUACGUGCCCAUAACGACGAAGGAAAACAUCCCCAACAUGACUGCCUCGAUCAUUAACAGUCAACCCUUUGCAUCCUUCAAGCCCGACCCUGCCAAUGUGUGGAAAGGGUAUCUCAUCUACUUUCUGCUGGCAGCCGGAUGCACUCUUCCGUGGUGGACUUUUGUUCUUGGUGCCGAUUACUUCAACUUCCGCUACCCUAUGACGCAUUUUCUUCGCCUGCUUCCUCUGGUGUACUUGGGCCCAUGGUUGCUGGUCUACUGCAUGUUCACUGCUCUCGGCCGGCAAUACACGUCCUGGGCUCGAAUCAACAUAGGACUAAUGAUUUCCAUCUUCACGUUGAUUGUCCUGCCUGUGAUGGAUGGCUUUUUCAUCAAAGGAGAUCGUGGGACCACAGCAACGUUCUGGGUGACGAUCGCAGUAGUCGCAUUGGCAGGGGCAGGUGAUGCUGUCGCUCAGGGCAGUUUGCUGGGCAUCUCGUCCGAGCUUCCAGAACGCUUCACGCACGCUUAUGUGUGCGGAUCUUCUUUCUCUGGAAUUUUCAUGUUCAUCGUGCGAGUGAUUACCAAAGCGUCGCUGAAUUCUUCCCCGUCUGGAUUGAGAAUUGGAGCAAUAAUUUAUUUCUCGAUUGGUCCACUUUUCCUCAUUGGAGUUUUGAGCCUUUUCGCUUAUGUCCACUACAUGCCUGCCAUGGGCUACUACGACAGCCUCGGAUUAGGAAACUUGGACACAGUACGGCUACUUGUCGAAGACGAAGCGACCGUGACGGUUGAAAUUGCAGCAUCAGCAGGUAUUGCUGCCAUCGCAGCUGGAAGGUCAUCCCCAACCCAGCCUCUGGAGUACGGACCAGUUUUGAGUCGAGUAAAAUUGCUGGUAAUCGGUGUGGCGAUCACAUCUCUUCUGUCAAUGACAAUAUUCCCAGGAUUCUUAGCAGAAACUGUGCACUCGAAAUACCUAGGCAGCUGGUACCCAAUCCUGCUCAUCGGAACGUACGUAGUAUUCGACUUCCUGGGCAGAUUUCUGACGAGGCACUCAACUUACGACAGACAGUCAACUCUCUUCGGUGCAUCUUGGGCCCGCCUGCUUCUCCUGCUCUUCUUUGUGUUCUCCGUUUUCGGGUAUGGUCCUGUCAAGACUCCCAUGGUGUUCACACUAACCGCAGUGCUGGGCAUCACAAAUGGAUUCCUCAUUGCAUGUUUCAACAUCCUCAUCCCCAGAUGUAACCCAUCUAAUCAGGCCGAGUCGGCUGGUAUCAUAAUGGUCACAUUCAUGACACUCGGAAGCUUAAUAGGUGCGGGAUUGAGCUGGCUCUGGGUCCUUGUAUAGAUUUUUCACUGUAAAGUAGGAGAAACUUUUUGCCAUGAAGCAGUUGUUCAAGGUUGAUUUUUAGUGUUUAUGAGGAAUGUAAUGAAAUUUGGAGAAGGAUUGGCUUGUACAUGAAAUUGA